CCUAACCCAGUCCAAGGCCAGGAUGUCGCUGCAAAGGAUUGUGCGUGUGUCCCUGGAGCAUCCCACCAGUGCUGUGUGUGUGGCUGGCGUGGAGACCGUCGUGGACAUAUAUGGAUCAGUUCCCGAGGGCACAGACAUGUUCGAGGUCUACGGGACCCCCGGGGUGGACAUCUACGUCUCUCCCGGGGCCGAGAGGAGCCGGGAGCAGCGCGCUGACGUCGGGCGGUGGCACUUUGACGAGGGCCUGGAGAUCAUCGUGGUCAUGAACUCCCCCAGCAACGACCUCAACGACAGCCAUGUGCAAAUCUCCUACCACUCCAGCCGUGAGUCCCUGCCCCUGGCCUACGCCGUGCUCCACCUCACCUGCGUGGACAUCACCCUGGACUGUGACCUGAACUACGAGGGCAGGAAGGACAGGAGCUCCGUGGACAAGCGGCAGUGGGUCUGGGGGCCUGGUGGCCAUGGAGCUAUCUUGCUGGUGAACUGUGACAGGGACGAGCUGGGCUGUGAUGUCCCGGACAACUGUGACCAGCACGUGCGCUGCCUGCAAGACCUGGAGGACAUGUCCGUCAUGGUCCUGCGGACCCAGGGCCCUGCAGCCCUCUUUGACGAUCACAAACUCGUCCUCCACACCUCCGGUUACGAUGCCCAGCGGGCACGGGUCUUCCACAUGUGUGGCCCUAAGGACUCCUGCGAGGCCUACAAGUGCGUGCUGGGCCCUGACAAAGCGUCCUACGAGGUGCCCCGUCUCCAUGGAGACGAGGAGUGUUUUUUCGUGGAGGGCCUCUCCUUCCCCGACGCUGGCUUCCCGGGGCUCGUCUCCUUCCAUGUCACCCUGCUGGAUGACUCCAACGAGGACUUCUCUGAGACUCCGAUCUUCACUGACACCGCGGUGUUCCGAGUGGCGCCCUGGAUCAUGACGCCCAGCACCCAGCCACCCCUGGAGGUGUAUGUGUGCCGGGUGAGGAACAACACUCGUUUCGUGGAAGCUGUGGCGGAGCUGGCGAGUCGGGCAGGCUGCAAGCUGACCGUCUGCCCGCAGACCGAGAACCGCAACGACCGUUGGAUUCAGGAUGAGAUGGAGCUGGGCUACGUUGAGGCGCCACACAAGACCUUCCCAGUGGUCUUCGACUCCCCAAGGAACGGGGAGCUGCAGGAGUUCCCUUACAAAAGAAUCCUGGGUAUAGAUUUUGGUUAUGUCACUCGGGAGCCACGGGACAAGUCUGUGAGCGGCCUGGACUCCUUUGGAAACCUGGAGGUCAGCCCCCCGGUGGUGGCCAACGGGAAAGAGUACCCCCUGGGGCGAAUCCUCAUCGGGGGCAACCUGCCUGGGUCGAAGGGCCGCAGGGUCACCCAGGUGGUGCGGAAUUUCCUCCACGCCCAGAAGGUGCAGCCACCCGUGGAGCUCUUCGUGGACUGGCUGGCUGUGGGCCACGUGGACGAGUUCCUGAGUUUUGUCCCUGCCCCGGAUGGGAAGGGUUUCCGGAUGCUGCUGGCCAGUCCUGCUGCCUGCUUCCGGCUCUUCCAAGAGAAGCGGAAAUGGGGUCACGGCAGGGCUCUCCUCUUCGAGGGGGUUGUCGGUGACAGGCGGGUCAGGACCAUCUCCAUCGACCAGGUCCUUUCCAAUAGAAACCUCAUCAGCUUUAAUAAGUUUGUGCAGAGCUGCAUCGAUUGGAAUCGUGAGGUGCUAAAACGGGAGCUGGGCCUGGCGGAUCGAGACAUCAUUGACAUCCCACAGCUCUUCAAGUCCGAGCAGAAAAAGGCGAUGGCUUUCUUCCCUGACCUGGUGAAUAUGCUGGUGCUGGGGAAGUACCUGGGCAUCCCCAAGCCCUUUGGACCGAUCAUCAACGGCCGCUGCUGCCUGGAGGAGAAGGUGCGCUCGCUGCUGGAGCCGCUGGGCCUCCACUGCACCUUCAUCGACGACUUCACCCCAUACCACAUGCUCCAUGGGGAGGUGCACUGCGGCACCAAUGUGCGCCGGAAGCCCUUUGACUUCAAGUGGUGGAACAUGGUGCCCUGAGCCAGCUCCCGCCCACUUCCUUCCUGGGCGGGGCAUCAGAGGCUGGCCCCCUGAACAGUGAGCAUCUAGAGACCCCCAGAUUCCAGGCAGAAUGCUGAGGGUGACUGUGCCCUUGGAAGCCUCUUCCCUAAAGGAUCCACACCCACCUGCAACCCAUUUGGCUCCCCAACAUGAAUCCUCUUGGCCUCCCACAAAGGACCUCAUUUCUUGUGUCCUCCCAUGUGAGUCAACAUGACCCAUGCGGACUCCCCACCAAAUUCCCUUUGUCAGCCGAUCCCCACACCUUCUGUUUGGCAACAAGUUCAUUUUGGGGUCUAGAAACAUCCAUCUCGUUAGCCCUCUGGUCCUGUGUGUUCUCACGGAGAAAGCCCCCCACCACCUAUCUGCUUUGGCCCAGUGGCCUCCUGCUCCUUGGAGUGAUGCUAGUAUCACACCAUUAUUUACAGGACCACCAGGAGGAUGUGUGGGGCCAUUUCGGUCAAAGUGGGGCCAUCGCUCCCACUCCCCACACUUCUGUCCUGCCCUGUCCGAGCCUUCACAUGGUAGAAGCCCCUCGGCAUGCAUCGAAUGAUGGUUGUGUCUUAGCCAUAUAAACUCCCGCCACUGGACAUUCAGAAUGCUGGCUUUGUCCAAAAGGCUCCUGGAAUUUCUUGGAGGUGAGAGUGUCUGGGGAUGUUGAUCUGCAGACGCCUGAGGCCAUGGACAGGAAGUGUCUCAUAUUGCACAGAGCUGACCCUGGUGACCACCCUGUGCAGGAGGAGAGAGCCUAGUGGACAUGGCCCUCAGCCUUCCCACUAUGCUGCAGAGCCCCAAGACGGCUCUGGAAGGGACAGCUCGGGAAUGAACCUGCUCUAAGAGCAGAGGGUGGGUAAGGGCUUGGUUUCCUCAAGGCACGUGUUAGCUAGGUGUGUGCUCUGUAUGGGUCCAGCUGGGUUUCAAUUACUCGCUAAUAAAUCAACGGAAACAUACAUGA